UUAGUAAGAGUUAAUACAAUUAUAAUUGAUUCAAUUCUUUUAAUUAAUAUGAAGAUGAAAAUUUAGCUCAUUAAAAUUUAAUAAGGUAAAAUAUAUUUGAAAAAAUUGUUCAUCGAAGCGUUAUCGCUUUUGUCACUCAUGUGAGGCAUUUUAAACAAGGAAACCAAAAUGGCGCUUGUUAACCCGGAAACAAAAAUGGCACUUGUUAACGCGGAAAAAACGAUCGAAAACACACAAAAUCCUUCAAGUCAAAUAAAUAACGAAAGCAAAGAACUGCUACAGGAAUUAAAGAACAGAACAAAAGCAUUAAUGAUUAACUCAAAAAACAAAAUAAAAGCAUCGCUGGGACGUAAUAUUCACCUCGUAAAAGAAAAGAUAGAAAAACUAAAACAAAAGAAUACCAAACCCAAUGAGGCAAGUUCUCCUAAGGUUUUUAUUACCUCUUCGUCUCUUGAUUUUACGAGAUAUAAAAACGAUGAUUCAAAGCCACAAGCUUUUCCAAUGAUAGGAGCAUGCAUUGUAUUGUUACCCUAUGCACUUAGCGGAACAGGUGUUUUUUUAGGUGUUAUUUUAAUUUUAUCAAUUCUAAUAAUGGCAUCAUUUUCUGAAUUACUCCUUAUUCAAUGCAGUUUGCUUGCAGAUGAAAUAUGCUUACCUAAAAUUGGUCGAAAUAUACAGGGAACAUGCGGUUGCAUUACACUUUUUUUAAUUUCCUUAUUUUACUCAAUGAGUGUUAUUCUCGUAUAUAAUGUCAUAAUUGGGGAUAUACUGACUAAAAUCUUACUAAAAGUUAUGCAAGAAAAUAAUAUUGGCAUAAUAAGCGCAAAGAAUGUAACAAUUCUAGUUAUGGUUUUGAUUGUCGCACCUUUAUCACUAGUGUGCAAUAUUAAGCGUAUUACAAAACUUUCUCUUGUCUCCAUAGCCACAUCAACUUGUCUAAUCAUACUUCUGUCAAUAAAACUUUUUACAACAAAGGAUCACAUUUUGCAAACAAUUUCUUUUAAUUCAAUGCAAAAUAUAAAUGUACUUCAAUCGAUUGCUAUUAUCACAUACGUAAUACUAUGUCAACAUUCUGUUCGCUUAAAUUAUGUCACAAUAAGCAAGGAAAAAAAAACAUGCAGUAACCAACCAGCAAAUAUGGCGUAUUCUUAUAGUUUAUUAUGCACUUUAGUUGGUACUAUAUGCGGCUAUCUUACUUUUACGAAAACUACUCAACCCAACGUGCUACUAAACUUGUGCGACGAAGACGUAUUUGCUACAAUUACAUACACUUGUUUUGGUUGUGGUGUGUUAUGCUUAUAUCCACUUGAGUGUCAAAAUAUUAGAUACUUAAUUCAACAAGCAGUCGUAGUGAGCAAAAAAUUCCGAAACUUUUUUAAUUUAACAAUUACGUUUGCAGUAUUGCUUCCAACGCUUAUCUUGGCGCAAUUUGUUGACUGUGUUUCAAGCGUAGUAGAACUUUCAGGGUUUUUUCUUGCCGUACCACUUAUUUUUAUUUUACCAACUGUUCUUUUUAUUAGACUUUCCUCUGCUCCCCUAUGGUCAACUAAGAAGCUGCCAUGUUUACUGAGUAUUGCUAUAGGAAUAACAAUAACAAUAACAGGAUCAGGUGUCGAAAUUAUGCAAGUAAGAAAGUGUAUUCGCGAAUCCAAAAUGUUUCCUUAUUGCAAUGGAAGUACGGAACUACUUGGGCCACUUAUAACUCUUUCAGCAUUAAAUGGAACAAUCGAAACUCAGAUCAACAACACUUUAUUUAUGGAAGCAAAUUUGUAGCUAAUAUCCUUUUUUAAUACAUUAAUCACAUGUUCACAAAAUUCUGAAAACCUAAAUUUGACGACCUGUUUUAAAUUAUCGCGUUCAGUAACAAUGACAGCAACGAAAAAAUACUGUUCAGCAAAACAAUUUAUCACGGGUAAUGUGGCGGUAUAAAUAAUUCUACAACUCAAGUUUACAAACAGUUUCGCUCACAAGGUCUAGUUGCUCUGCUAGUUCAGAAGGGUCAAGAAGAGGGUUCUAAAUGAUAAAAGUAUCUGUAUAUAAGUAAAAAUAAUUACAACAUAUUUUAUAUAUUAAUUUUAUUUUA